UUUUAUUUUUGAUUCUGUAUUGAAUAAGAUAAGAUAAGAACAUUUAAUUUUGAUUCAGCAUUCAUAAAAAUAUACAACACAAGCAUCGAAGAGCUUUUGAUCGAAAUUAAAAUGCAUAAAGACAACACCAAAAACAAAUAUUACAACAUGCAUUGCAUACAUACAAUUUGGCAUUUCUAUGUGAAAGACUUGGUUUAAAAUUUCUUAGGAAAUUUGGAGUACAAUAAACGUGUUUCUAUUUAUCUAAGCAUUAUUAAUAAGUACUCAUAAAAUUCGAACAUGGAUAAAAAUCGUGAUUAACUUUUAUGUUUUAUAAGCAAAGAAAUUCAUUAAUGAGAGAUUAAGAGCCACAGAAUGUAAAAUAUUAAUUGAAGAUCUGUUUGAUACUUGAGAUGGUAAACGGUUCUCAGACAGGGCGAAAAGGCUUGACGACAAAGUCAUCUUCAGACACUUAGUCUUUCACCCUUUUUUAGUCUUUAAAAAUGCAGGUUUAAUCGUUUAUGUUUCUUACGGGACAUUUUAAUUGUAUAAAUCGAUAGAUUAAAAGAUUUCCCAGGUGACAGUGGUUAUCAGUAAGAUUAUAAACUCUAUAUGAUUAUGAAGUUAUAUGAUUAUAACGAGGAUAUGUUAUAAAGCUGAUUAAAAUCUAUGUUAUCAUUAUUGUGAAAUUUUAUAUAGUGAUAUUUAGUACUUGUGAUUUAAAAUACGAAAUAUAGUAGGCUUAUGAUAGCUGAAAAAUACUUUAGCUAGAAUAAGGAAUAUCCGAUAUCAAUGAAACUCGUGUUUGGUUAUUCAGUAACAUGGCAAGAUGUGACGAUAUAAAGAAGGAAUUUAAAUGUACCAAUUUUGUAUUUGAUCAUGAUUCCCCUAAACAGUUUGUUCUAGCAGAGUGUGGCCCUAGAAUCUUAUAUCCUAUAUGGAGUGGAUUUUGGUUAGUAUGGCAUAUUGUAUGGUUUUCUCUUGAUCCGUACAACGCAUACAGAAAUGGUGGAGACGGUGAUCCAUAUUACUUCAUAUAUUUGACAAACUGGGGCUAUAUGCUGGUGGGAUUUUAUAAUCUAGUGGAUUUUAUUGUUACUUUAUAUGUUCAUGUGAGGAGAUCUGAUAUUGUACAUUUAUCUCCUAAGUCAGAUAAUAAAGAUCAAAUGCCAUGGUAUAUUAAACUACUUUGGAUAUCAUUUGAGAUUAAUAACAGUAUAAGUGUCUUGAUAACUAUAGCAUUCUAUGGCUUACUGACACCAACUGGUGACCCAACUAGUAUAGAAAAACACGCCAUAAACUCAGUGUAUGUUCUGUUGAAUUUUUUCGUCUGUGCCAAACCUGUUCGUUUAUUGCAUGUUAUAUAUCCGUUAAUUAUUGGUGUUAUUUAUGUAAUAUUUUCCGUGAUUUAUCAAGUUGGAGGAGAUGGAGCAGCAAUUUAUCCGGUUUUAGACUGGGACCAAGCUGGAACGACUAUUAUAUAUGUCGUAGUUCUCACAUGUAUUGGUGUUCCUGUUGUGCACAUGUCUUUCUUUGCUAUGUAUCAGCUACGCAUAUUUAUCCACGACCAAUGUUGCGCUAACAGUGGAGUGCAAUGUUAUAAUGAACAAACCGCAAUCAGAACUGGAGAAAGUGGCGUGACGUCUUACAUGUGAUAAAUGUAUCAGCAUUUCAACUCAUCUAUUUUGGUUUAUUUGUCACUAGAGCGCAGAUCCAUUAACAUUCAUAUCAAAUUGUUUUGUAUGUAUUUACAUAUUCUAUUUAUUCAAAUUUCUAAACCAACAUGUUUUGUAUAUUUUAAAGCAUUUAACCUGGGAAAGAUAUUAUGUUCAACGUCGACCACGCAUAUCAAAAUAUGUUCGUUGUAGAAUAUACCCGAGCGUUUUAAUAAAAACAACAACAAAAGAUGCAAAGCGUAAUGUUAUAUUCUUAUAAUUUUUACGACAUAUAACACAGGUGUCAAAUAGAAAGAAGAAGGUAACUUGGUUACCCCGUAGAAGUACACAAUGAACACUUUUAUGAGUUUUAAUCACUGGCAUUUUUUUAAAUUAUCAAAUGACGUUUGUGUGCAAGACUAUGUUAAAGCAUUCCCAUAAUGUUUGCUUUUGAUAAAGAUUAUCUAUAGAUAUGUAAAAAGGUUGGAACUAAGCAGACCUAGUCCUAAUAACAAUCAUUUAUUUACGGAUUUUUUUACAGAUAUUGGUGACAUUCAAAUAUAUUAUAAUAAUGUAGUUUAAGAAUGUACUUAGGUGAAAUUAAAUAGAUCAAGAGGUUAAAAUCGAUAGUAUAUACCGGAAGUGCAUGAGUUAAGGGUAAAACAAGCUUAAAAUAUUGAUAGGUCAUGGAGCUCCUUUUCCAGAUAUCCGAUAUUAAAGAAACUCGUGCAAGUACAUACUACAUUUUUCCUGGUACCAAUGAUAUUUAUGUUAUUUAAAUAAAACCAGGGGCAUUUGAUAGGUGCGACAGACGUGUCGGAAAUAUCGUACAACAAAAUAACGAAAUACGUACUUUUAGAUUUAUUUUCUUUAAAAAAGAAUAAAGACAUGUGAUGAUCUUUACAAAUAUUUAUCUUUUUAUAUUCAUUUACAUUGAAGGGUUAAUAAUUGGUAUACAAUGAACACUGUUUUAAGCCUAUAUAUUACAAUAGAAAUAAACAGAAACUUCUAUACUGGU